AGUAUGAAAACUUUUACAUGUCUAGCGAUAAUUUUCAACGGCUUAUUCGCAAUUAUUAUCAGCGGUCAAAAUCUACAAGUUGGUCUAUCCGAUGUACGGACAAGUAGGGCCUCCGCUUCAAACAAAAGCACAAUUUUUGCCAGAAAAAAAUUAUUUGGUAUUGGUUCUAACCCUAGUUACUCGCCAUACACAAAAGUUCCUCAAUAUAUGUUAGAUCUUCAUAAGCAGUACAACACAAGAUUACGUUUGGGAAAAAAUAAAAAACGUGCGAAAUCUUCAUCACACUUUGUAGGAAACACUAUAAGAGGAUUUAUGACAAACACAAGUACUAGAAAAACAUAUCCCUAUUUGUCGAGAUCAAAUACAUUUAACCACCAGUCAGUUGAUGUAGUAUUCCGCAUAACCAGUAUGUCUGAUGAUGAAAUUUUUAAUGGUGCUGAAUUGAGAUUCCUUUAUCACUACCAUUCUGAAGACACAAAUAUCACUUCUUUGAUCACGAAUGUAAUGAAAAACUGCAGAACGUUAAACUUUUUAUACAUUUUCCACAGAAUAAAGACUGGAAACGAUGUUUUAAUGGAAUAUAAAAUGCUCGAGCCUAAUUUUUCUGGUUGGAUUUCUGUUGACGUCAGCAAUAUAAUUAAAUACAACACAUCUGAUCAAGUAUUGCAUUUUAAAAUAAUUCUAAAAACUGCAAUCGACAUUAGAAAAGCACAGUCCUCCUCUGCAAAACAUUGCGUCACUAAAAAUGAUGCAACGCAAAAAUUGACAUAUAAAAUGAACGUCAUACACCAUCCAUUUUUAGUCACUUAUUCAGAUGACAUCAAUUUUAUUCAUAAAAGAAAAUCUUACAGUCACCGUUACAAGCGAAACAGACAUUCUGUUAUAUUACAUCAAGCAAAGAGAUGCAAUCUUCAAUCGAUGUACGUACAUUUCGUGGAUUUCAGUUGGCACGACUGGAUAAUUGCUCCGAACGGAUAUGAAGCAAAAUUUUGUCAGGGCAAUUGUCCCAGUUUUAUGUCAGACUAUUUUAAUGCUACCAACCACGCUCAUGUUCAAAGCAUGCUUCAUUCGAAAAAUAAAAAACUAGUGCCGCCUCCGUGUUGCGUUCCGGUUGAAUAUGAUGAACUGCCGCUGUUGUAUGUCGAUGAAAACGGUAUUGUUGUGCUGAAAGGAUAUCCCAACAUGAUUGUGAAAGCUUGUGGCUGUAGAUGAAUC